AUGAAUAUCAUAUGGCCUUAUGGCCUGAGUAGCAUCUAUCUAUUGACGUACUUACCCCUUAUCGUAUUCAUCGGAAGCCUGUCGGUGGUCCUCUACAGACUUACAUUUCACCCUCUUGCUCGUUUCCCAGGGCCAAUUUUGGCCGCUUCUACUGGACUUUAUGAAGCUUACUACCAGUGUAUCAAAGAUGGAGGGGGUAGAUACUGGGUCGAGAUCCAGAAGAUGCACCAACGUUACGGACCCAUAGUCCGCAUCAACCCGUGGGAAGUCCACAUCGCGGACCCGGACUGGAACGCGGUGUACAAGUACUCGGCGAAGGCGUCGAAGCCGCGCUGGUUCUACUUCCGCUUCUUCGGCAAGUUCCCCAGCACCAACGUGGCCGAGUCGCACGCCCUGCACCAGCUGCGCCGGGGGCCGCUGCAGACGUACUUCGCGUCCUCCAACAUCCAGCGCUACAUGCCGACCAUCGUGGCCCAGGUCGACAAGCUGUGCGCGCGGUUGCGCGCUGUCGCUGCUAAUAACGAUAAGGACAAUAAAAACAGCAACAGUAACAGCCACAGCCAUAACAGCAAGGAGGAUGGGAACGUGGUGAGUCUAAGCGAUGCGUUCAGGUGUCUGGCCACGGACGUCGCGACGGGGUUCGCGUUCGGGGCGCCGUUCGGACACCUGGACGAGCCGAGCUUCGACCGCGAGUUCAACCUGAGCGUGAAGAUGGUCGUCAAGGCGAGUAUGUGGAGCAGGCAUACCUUCGGCCUGUUCCUGCCGGUACUGCAUAGCUUGCCGGAGAGCAUCGCGCGGCGGAUGAACCCGGCGUUUGGGCGGGUGAUGUGGAUGAAGGAUACGAUGAUCAGCUGCGUCCGCCGCUCGAUGAACAAGCCCGAGCCGGCGCCAGGGAGCCCGCAGGACAUGAUACAGACGCUGCUGGCCUCGAACCUUCCGGCGGAGGAGAAAACGUUCCCGCGUCUCUUCUCCGAGAGCCGGUCCGUCAUCAUGGCCGGCACGGAGACCACGGCCACGACCCUGGUGUGCAUCACGAGCAACCUGCUCAGCGACCCGGCGAAAGCCCAGAAGCUGCGCCACGAGCUAAGCGUCGCUGAGAUGGCUAAGGGAGGAGCGCUUGAGUACGCUGACUUGCGGGAGCUGCCGUACAUCACCGGUGUGAUCAACGAGGGCCUGCGGCUGGCGAACCCGACGCCGAGCCGGUUGCCUCGGGUCUGCGAGGACCAGGAUUUGACGUAUAAGCAAUGGGUUAUUCCACGGGGUACCACCAUCUCAACAACAACCCAAGACAUCCACGACUCCCCCUCCAUCUUCGCCAACCCGACCAAAUUCCUCCCCGAGCGCUGGGCCGACCCGGCGGAGCGUAGGCGCUUGAACAAGUACCUGCAGCCGUGGGGGCGCGGCACGCGGCUGUGCCUGGGAACCGAGCUCGCCACCAUCGACGCGUACCUGGCCGUGUCGCGGCUGUUCGGGCCGAGCGCGGGCUUCGAUAUGCGGAUCCACGACACGAAGGACGAGGACUGGGUUGCGUAUCAUGAGUGGUUUGCUGGGUUUCCGAAGGGGAAGGGGUUGAGGGUUAGGGUCUUUAAGAGUAAGGGGAAUGAGAAAGGAAAUAUUUGA